AUGGCGAUCACGGAGGGGUAUGAUUAUCCCCAUUCUGGAAAUACGAGCUAUGUCGUGCAGUACACACGGGGAUUACUAGGAGUCAAUAUCAAACUGGACAACCUCCUCACACAAAUACUAUGCGGGACUCUGGGAGCAGCAUGUGUCGUUGUGUUGGCAGCGAGAUUUGGCCAGAUGUGGAACGCCUACAUGCGUCGAAUUACUUCGGCCCAUGCAUCCCCCAGACAACAACGGUACUGGGCUACCGCGGAGUCGGCACUCUGGGCGGAUAUCAAAAAACAUCUAGUAUAUGCUCCCUUGGGGAGGAAGCGGCACAAUCGAGAAUUUAAGCUUUCAGAUGCUGUGAACGUGGGGACCCUACCGUCGCGCUUGCAUACGAUUCUCCUCACCUCGUAUAUCUUGAGCCAGGUAGCAUAUAUCACCAUCCUCGACUAUAAUGUCAAUGAAAGGGCUGCGUUGAUUGCAGAGCUGAGGGGCAGAUGUGGAGUCCUCGCCGUGCUUAACAUGAUUCCGCUAGUCAUCCUCGCAGGUCGAAAUAACCCUCUCAUACGAAUUCUACACAUCAGUUUUGACACCUACAAUCUCCUACACCGAUGGAUAGGGCGGAUAGUGAUCCUCCAUAGCAUCAUACAUACACUCGCAUGGACUACAAACGCUGUUACUGCCAGUGGAUGGUCAAAAACAAUGAAUGACUUGACAUCUCUACCAUGGUUAAAGUACAUUAUGGCCUUCUGGAUAACGGAGAGAUCCCUUCGCUUCCUCCGGCUGAUUUACCUGAAUAUUGCCCACCGCCAUGGAAUUACUCGGGUCAUGGUCGAGGCGCUUCCUGGAGAGGCCAGUCGUGUAACAUUCUUUCUCCCACGAAACACCCAUAUACACCCCGGCAGCCACGUCUACGCUUACCUACCCCGAAUCUCCCUCUGGAUGUCGCAUCCCUUUUCCGUCGCUUGGACAGAGAACGGCAAAUACCCCAGGCCACUAGCCAGUUCAAGUAGCCCGUCGCCACAAAAGCUCCCAUCUUUUCAAAAACACGAGUCCGACAUCGACAACGCUACGAAUUACAGUUCAAAACCAACAAACGUCACCCUCGUCAUGGCCGCCCGCACGGGGAUGACGCGGAAGCUCUACGAGAAGGCCCUGGCUUCACCCGAUAACACAUUUUUCACCACUGGCUUCAUAGAGGGACCCUACAGGUCUUACUCAUCCACAUUCUUCGGGAGCUACGGCACCGUCGUGCUCUUCUCAGGCGGCGCAGGCAUAACCCACCACAUGAUGCAAGUACGCGAACUGCUAGAACGUGCAGAUGCCGGCACCAUCGCAACGCGUCGCAUCCAUCUAAUCUGGUCAGUGCGGACAACCGAACAGCUCACGUGGGUGAGCGGGUUCAUGGACUAUAUCCUCCAGCUGCCGAAGAGGCGGGAAAUGCUAGUGACGAAGCUCUUUAUCAGCAAGCCGCGGAGCCAUAAGGACAUCAGGAGUCCGAGUGGGACGCUGCUGAUGUUCGAGGGCCGGUGUCGACCAGAUGUUAUCAUUGACGAAGCCAUGGAGAAACAUGUGGGUGCGACGGCGGUAUCUGUGUGUGGGCCUGGAGCGUUUGCGGACGAGGUGCGUGCGGCUGUUCGGAAGCGAGUAGGCAGCGGGCCUGUGAUUGAUUUUGUUGAGGAGGCUUUUACCUGGUGA